UCUAUGAAGCACACUUACAUGCAGGAGAUCAAUGGAAGCUUGGAUCAUACAUCUCUUUAUUUUCUGUUUGUUACCAAUCCUUACAUUUUCUGCUCCAUCAGACACUUUAAGUGCUACUGAGUCUCUUAAAGAUGGCGAGACCAUUGUUUCAGUCGGUGGAAGCUUUGAGCUAGGAUUUUUUAGCCCUGGAAAUUCCAGUAAUUGGUACUUGGGAAUAUGGUACAAGAAGAUAUCUGCUGGAACUGUGGUGUGGGUUGCCAACAGUGAUACCCCAUUUAAUGGUUCAGCUGGAGUUUUGAAGUUUUCUGUCCAGAAAACUCUUGUCCUUGUAGAUGAAGCUAACACCACAAUUUGGUCUGCGAAUUCAGCUAAAUCAGCAACCGCUCCAGUUGCACAGCUUUUGGACACAGGUAAUUUAGUUCUGAGAGAUUAUAAUGACCCGGAAACUUUCUUGUGGCAGAGUUUUGAUUAUCCAUGCAAUACAAUUUUACCUGGCAUGAAAUAUGGAGUGAACCUGGUAACGGGCCUGAACCGAUUCCUAACAUCAUGGAAGAGUGAUCAGGAUCCUUCUCCAGGGAUUUAUACGAAUAAGCUUGAUACAACUGGGAUACCACAAUUUUUGCUUAAGAAAGGUUCUGCAGUGCAGUUUAGAUCCGGACUUUGGAAUGGUCUCAGGUUUACUGGAAUGCCUAAUCUGAAACCAAAUCCUAUAUACACCUACGGAUUUGUAUUCAAUGAGGAGGAAAUAUAUUACCAUUACCAACUCAUUAACAGUACAAUUUCAACAAGGUUAACAUUAAGCCCCAGUGGAAACCUUCAGCGUUUUACAUGGAUUGAUAGAAUUCAGGAUUGGAGCCUUUACUUGACAGCACAAAUAGAUGACUGUGACAGAUAUGCAGUGUGUGGUGCAUAUGGUAGCUGCAACAUUAACAACUCCCCUUCUUGUGGAUGCUUGGAAGGUUUUACGCCAAAGUCCCCCCUAGACUGGGAAAUGGCAGAUUGGUCACAUGGCUGUGUACGAAAGACUCCACUGGAUUGUGGGGAUGGAGAGGGUUUUAUGAAAUAUUCUGGCAUUAAAUUGCCAGAUACACAACAUUCCUUGUAUGACAAGACAAUGAACCUCAAAGAAUGUGAGCAGGUUUGCUUGAAGAACUGCAAUUGCACAGCUUAUGCUAGUUUGGAUAUUAGAGGAGAAGGAAGUGGGUGCAUACUCUGGCUUGGGGAACUGAUUGAUACUCGAGAAUUCUCUGAUGCUGGGCAGGACAUAUACAUAAGGAUGGCUGCCUCUGAGCUAGUGACAUACAGAAGCUUGAAGGGAAAUACAAAAGUUAAGAUCAUAAUUCUAUCUGUAUUAGCUGUUGGGAUAACGCUUAUAGGCCUAUGCAUGAUACUACAUGUUUACAAGAGGAAAAUGAAGAAGAAGAAGAAACAGAAGCUGACUAAGAGAUUAGCAAAUAUGUUGCAUACUCGACAGCAUGACCACAAUGAAGAAUCCCAAGAUGGAAAUCUAGAGCUACCAUUAUUUAGUUUUAGUACAAUAGCAGAUGCCACCAACAACUUUUCUGCUGCUAACAAGCUUGGAAAGGGUGGUUUUGGCCCAGUUUAUAAGGGAAAACUUUCAGAGGGGCAAGAAAUAGGGGUCAAAAGGCUUUCAAAAUGUACAAGACAGGGAAUCAAAGAGUUCAAGAAUGAAGUAUUAUGCAUUUCCAAACUUCAGCACCGCAACCUUGUGAAGCUUCUAGGAUGUUGCAUUGAAGGCCAAGAGAGGUUGUUGAUAUAUGAAUACAUGCCCAACAAGAGCUUAGACUUCUUCAUAUUUGAUGAACAACAAAGUAUAAUUCUGGAUUGGCCUAAGCGCUUCCACAUUAUCAGUGGGAUAGCUAGAGGCUUACUUUACCUUCAUCAAGAUUCCAGACUGAGGAUAAUCCACCGUGAUCUAAAAGCUAGCAAUGUUUUACUAGACUAUGAACUGAAUCCGAAAAUCUCAGAUUUUGGCAUUGCUAGAAGUUUUGGAGGAGAUGAAAGUGAAGCAAAUACAAGGAGAGUGGUUGGAACAUAUGGUUACAUGUCUCCAGAAUAUGCAAUUGAUGGUGUCUUCUCGGUGAAAUCUGAUGUCUUCAGCUUUGGUGUUUUGGUACUUGAGAUAGUGAGUGGAAAGAAAAACAGAGGGUUUUCUCACCCUGACCACAACCUUAACCUUCUUGGACAUGCAUGGAGGCUCUUCAAAGAAGGCAAGCCAUUUGAACUGAUGCAUACAUCUAUGAAGAACAAUAACACCAGCAAUAUGUCAGAGGUAUUACGAUCAGUCCAUGUGGCUCUAUUAUGUGUGCAACAGAGUCCAGAAGACAGGCCUAAUAUGUCAACCGUGGUCCUGAUGCUAAGUAGCGAUGAUAUUACGCUGCCACGGCCAAAACAACCAGGCUUCUUCACGGAAAGGCAUAUUUUAUGUAUGGCUUCCUCUUCAAGUCAGCAUGAGAUUUCUUCAUCCAACAGACUAUCCUUUUCACUAGAGGCCCGAUAGAGUUCAAUUUUACUUGAGACUUACGGAGAAUAUAUUAAGCUAGCUGAUGGUGAUCGAUGAUGAUGAAAUCCACAUUCCUUUCUUCGUCAGCUAGAACAACUUGUGUUACAUUAUAUGACACACCAACUAUCUUUACAAAGGAUUGAGAUUGUAUGCUGAAAACGCUCUGCUCAUCAAUGUUUUAAAAAACGAAGGCCUA